AUGGCUUAAGUUCCUCUGGAAAGAGAAGUCGAUUUCUACGGCUUAUUAAAUAUUUCCAAAACAGCUACCAAUGAUUAAAUCUAGAAGAAAUUUAGAAAGCUAUCAUUAUACACACAUCCUGAUAAGACUAUAGGCAGAUAAAGUCAUGAGGUAUUCGUCUAAAUGCAACGAGCUUACAGUUAUCUUGUGAAUCCCACCACGAGAUUGAUCUAUGACAAUUAUGGCACUUAGGGAUUGAAGAUAUUUGAGUUGUUCCAAGAUUAGUUCUCAGAAUUAAGUGAUGAAUUAAGAAGUUAAGAUAUUGAAGAUGAGCAAAGACAAAUCAUUCAAGGAAAAAUUCUGAGAAAAAGUAAGGCAAUUAUAAGACAGCAUUUGAAAGGGUAGAUCUCUAAUGAGUAUUAGAAGUCAUUCUCGAUUGACCUAGGUGUUAAUUUGAGAUCUUUCUCUAAAAAUUACUAUCAAUUCUAUUAUGCAGGUCAACUUGGACGAUCAUUGAAACUUAUAAGAACAAACACAUUUUCGACCAAUGUCAAUUUUUCGCUGCCACUUAAAAAGUAUAACCAAGUCAUUGAUUUCUCAGUUCAAACUCAGAAUGAUCUGAAGUAAGGAUUAGGAUUAUGCAACUACAAAGUGUCACACACAUACAACUAUAAACCAGAGCUUUACUUCAAGACAGAGAUAGGUAAAAAUAUAAUUAACCACAAUCUCUUUUUGAAACUAAAGGCCACUAUUACCGAAAAUGGAAUAAUGCCUUCCAUAAAUCUUUCAAGUUCAUAACUCGCUCCCUAUAUGUGUAAGCCUAUUAAGAUUUAAUAUACUCUAUUAGUGGAUACUAGUUACAAUUUCGGAAGUUAGGCAUUUGGAAUAGGUUUAAGAAAGGAGGAGGCAGGAACAAAUCUUGCAUACUCUGCACAUAUAUCUCUAAGUAAAGAUGAUGUGAACAUAUCACCUUCUCUCUAGUAUCAGUUAACUAAAGAAUUUGCUCUAUCAUCAUCUGUCUCUAUUUCAUACAGAGGUACAUUAGCUACAUCAACUGGCAUAACCUUCAAUGUAUCUGACAAUAAAUCAGGAGGAGUAUAUUUCUAAUCGUAACAUGCUUAACACGGGGCAAUACUUUAAUCCUCAACAGUAGUCUUAGUAUAUAAUCAUUAUGGUUAUCUUUUCAAAGUGCCUAUUGUGACUUGCAAUCAUUAAGAGAACAAGCCAGGCAUGAUUAUGUCUUUGGGAGUAUUCCUAGCAGCAAAUGUGCUAUUUUACAUUGGAUUUAAAUAUCUUAAAAAAUCACCAUCAAAAUAGGCUAAAAAGGAUUAAGUUAUCUCUUAUGGUAGAUUCUAUUAAAAGUCUGAGAAUGUAAAUAACUAUAUCAGAGAAAAUUAAAUUUUCUUCAACUCAAGUUAUAAUACUGAGGAAAGAACAAGGGGUCUGAUUAUAAUUGAAGCAUAUUACGGACUCGCUGAUCAUAUUUAUCAAAUAGAGGCAGGAACUCUUAUUUAUCAUUUACCCAAAGAUUCCUAAGAAUUUUUAAGAGCUUAGAUUCUGCCCGUGACAAAGCAACUUCAGAUGCAGAUUCAAAAUAGUCAGCUUAUUUUGGAGAGUGAUUUUGAAAACUUAAGAGGAGUUUUUAAUCCAUGCGUAAAUUUGAGAUCAAAGACACUUCUUUAUUUGAGAUAUAAAUAUAGGGAUAUGGAGAACGCCGUAAUUUAUGAUUUUAGCAGAAGGGAACUAGUUAUACCUAGAGAUUUAAUGUGA